CUUUCUACGUUGAUUGCUGGUGGGGGAGAACUGCCACAACGAGUAUCUUCAUUGCAGCUGCCAUUACAGAUUGGCUUGACGGGUACAUUGCAAGAAAGAUGAGGUUAGGCUCUGCGUUUGGUGCUUUUUUGGAUCCAGUUGCAGAUAAGCUUAUGGUAGCAGCUACAUUGAUACUGCUGUGUACUCAACCUAUGGACGCCGUUGUCUUUGGACCAGUUCCAUGGUUAGUGACUGUACCUUCAAUUGCCAUCAUUGGUAGAGAGAUUACUAUGUCAGCAGUAAGAGAGUGGGCUGCAUCUCAGAACGGCAAGCUUUCCAAGGCUGUUGCUGUAAAUAGCCUGGGAAAGUGGAAAACUGCAACGCAGAUGAUAGCACUGACCAUGCUGCUUGCAAGCCGGGAUAGCAGUUUUGAGAGGCUAUUACCGCCUGGUAUUGGGUUGCUUUAUCUAUCCGCAGGUCUCUCUAUAUGGUCUUUAGUUGUUUAUAUGAGACAGAUUGUGAGAGUACUGCUAAAGAAGAAGUAG